AUGGGUUCAUGGAGCGUUUUGAAUUAUGUUGUCUUGAGAUCAAAGUCUAUUUCUACCUUUGUAGAUUCAAUACAUUCCAUUGUCUUAGUACUGGCUUGUUUUGUGCGUAUAUGGAGCAUAAAUGUUGUGGCAUUAUACUUGCCAUCAGCUAUAAUUGAAAGAGUUUUUGCCUCAAAAUACGUCACCGACUACGAGAAGUUUCCGAGACCGAUGAUAUACAGGAUGAUUAUUUCGUUCUUAUAUAUCAUAUCAGCAAUUAUUGCUUUCUUCGACAUGCUAGAUACUGAUGCAAUUGUCCAUAAUGUGGGCAAUAUGUACGCUGAUCGCGUGCGUAUCUUUCAUGCUAGCUAUAAAUACAUUAUCUCAUUAUUCACAGUGGAGUCAAAUGUGUCAUGUGCUCAUGAACGUCUUCGUUGCAAUAUGCAAGAACAUAUAUUAAGGUGGCACACUGUUAUCGUUUGGGUGUUCACGGUUGCUGUUGGCGGAUUUUGUUUGCAAUGUCUUCUACCGUUCGACACAAAAAUCGGAAUGAUUCAUGGAGAUCGCGCCACAAAUGAUCAUCGAGGGGCAUCAGAUGCCUACUUCAAACAACUGAGCACCAAGUGGGAGAUGCAUGCAAUGCCUAGAAUGAGAAGUCAAGAAGAGAAGUAUGUAUAUAACUAA